GCGUGGAGGAAAGACUUGAAACCAAAAGCAAAGAAGGACCUGUCCUCUUGUAACAGUGUCACAGGCAUCAAUUGCUGCACCUGGGCGACAUCUAGCAGCCUGCACACGUGACUCUUAUACGGGAUUGAUAUUCUUUGGGUCUGAAGAUCCCCAUCCAACUCACUUAGUUCCACAGAGACCGUUGGACUCAAUGUACAGGAGAUGGAGAAGGAGUCUCCCAUUGGACUAUCCCAUAUUUGUGUCCUUUUGACUACACUGAUGGCGAUUCUCCCUCUGUCCCAGGGAAACUGGAUGUGGCUAGGUGUUACAUCCUUUGGGGUACCAGAGAAACUUGGUUGCUACAACCUUCCCCUCAGCCUUCGUCAAAAGGAAAUGUGCAAGAAGAAGCCCUACUUGUUGUCCAGUAUAAGAGAGGGAGCCAGACUUGGAAUCCAAGAGUGUAGGAACCAGUUCAAGCAUGAAAGAUGGAACUGCUCAGUUUCACCCACCAUUUCCUCUGGCACUUCAUCAUUUUCCUUAUCUUUCAUAACUUCGUCAUUAGCAUCAGCUCAUACAAUUUUUGGCUAUGAGCUAAGCAGCGGCACCAAAGAAACAGCAUUUAUAACAGCUGUGACAGCAGCAGGACUUGUGCAUUCUGUAACAAGAGCAUGCAGUGCUGGAAAUAUGACCGAAUGCUCCUGUGACACCAGCCUGCAGAAUGGUGGCUCAGCUAGUGAAGGAUGGCACUGGGGGGGCUGCUCUGAUGAUUUACAUUAUGGAAUGUGGUUCAGCAGAAAAUUCCUGGAUGCCCCAUAUAAAAACUCAAGUGGAAGAGACUCUGAUGUACUAAACGCAAUGCACUUACAUAAUAAUGAGGCUGGCAGAGAGGCUGUCACUAAACUGAUGACUGUGGAUUGUCGUUGUCAUGGAGUUUCUGGGUCAUGUGCUGUGAAAACUUGUUGGAAAUCCAUGUCUUCUUUUGAAAAGAUUGGCAAUUAUCUAAAGAACAAAUAUGAAACCAGCAUACAGAUAUCAGACAGACUGAAAAGGAAAGUACGCCGCAAAGAAAAGAAUGACCGGAAGAUACCCAUUUAUAAAGGGGAUCUUGUUUAUACUAAUAAGUCCCCAAAUUACUGCGUAGAGGACCUGAAUCUCGGAAUAUCUGGAACACACGGUAGAGAAUGCAAUCGCACCUCUGAAGGAUCAGAUAGCUGUAAUUUGCUCUGCUGUGGCCGUGGGUACAAUACACAUGUGGUAAGACAUGUGGAGAGAUGUGAGUGCAAAUUCGUGUGGUGCUGCUAUGUACGUUGCAGAAGAUGCGAGAGCAUGACUGAUGUCCAUACCUGCAAGUAACUUUCUCUACAGACAGAAAAGAGCAUGGACAAAUUAUUUACAAACAGUUUUUCUACAGUUACGAAGAUGCAAUCAUAUAACAGUGCUUAUAAAACACAUAUCCUGAAAACAGACCCAAAAAAAUAGUUUGUGCAUUAAACCAUUAAUUGUUUGGAGAGCCAUCAAGCUAGACUACUUUCAUAAGUCUAUUUAUUUUCUGCCACUUAAAAUUACUUAGUUACAGUGACAUUAUGUCCAUCCUAUCACAACAUGCUUGGAUCUUACAUAAAAUCUGUUAGAGAAUACAGGCAUUUCUUAAAGGGUGAAGCAGCCUGGUACACUUAGCACUCACUUUUGUAGAGUAGGGCAAAGGAUGGUGAGAUUCACAUAGGGAAAACUACUGCUUACUCUACUAUAUUCCUUCUGAAAAAUAUACAGAGAAUGCAAAAUGGUAGGAGAUGAACUAAACUUGGGGUAUCUGGGAUCAGAGUAGGUGUGUCCUUUAUCUGUAGGAUUCCAUACAACCUUCCUAAAGACAAAUAGGGCUAGCUUCAGCAUUCCUUUAGAAUAUAGUAAUACUUCAACUUCAAUAUCAAACUUUGCCUGUCCAUGUGUGGGCAAUUGAUUUCAGAAAUUGUAAGUCUGUUCCUGAACUAAAUUUUUCUGCAACUGAUCGCAUUGGUAUGCUGCUAAUGGUGUUUUUAUAUUCCACAGGCAGACUUUUUGACAAAAAUAAAAAUCUAGCCAUGUUUUACGUGAGAAAUAAACACUUGGCUACAAACCAAAAAAGUUGAUUGCUGAAAAUACAAGUGCGUACAGGAAUUAAUUUGCAAUGUUUGCAUUUGAUUGCUUCCCCUUAGUAGGAGAUGAAAGUAAUACAUUUUAUAUUCUAAAAUGUAAUUUCUCUUCUGCAAAACAUGCCUCAUUCACUUCUUUGAUAUUAAAAUGCUGUUAUACAGAACUACAGAGCAAAAAAAAUCAAGGAGUGCAGAGUUACCAAUGCUGUGAAUAAGAGUUUUAACAUUUGCAUUUUACAGUUCUCAUGCUCUGCUUAUUCCAUAUUGACAGUGUUUAGUACUUUUUAAUGACACUCUCAACAAGGAAGGAGACACUUGGGGGCCUAUAUAUUAUGCUAUGUAAAAAUUAGAGACAAGCAUCACCAGUGAUGCUGCCCAUAGCAACCAAUCAGAGCUGCUCUUUUGCUUUCUAACUUGUAAGUGACUGCUGAUCUCUAAUUGCUGAUUGGUUGGUAUGGUCAACAUCCCCAGUGUGUUUUUCUCCAAUGUGUUACAUAGCAUGAUAAAUAGGCCACCUAGGUAAACAUGAAAGAACGGCACCACUGGUUGAAGGGGUGUUUUUAGGCUAAUUAAUUAGCGAGCAUGGCUCAAACAGGAUUGGUUUGCCCCUCUGUGGUUUGGACCCCCCCCCCCGCAAGCCACAACUCCUUUUCUCCAUGAAUGUAUACAUCAGGAUGAGCAGGCAGGACAGAAAAAGAGCAGCAUAUAUGCAGAUCCUUACCAGACACCCCCAGGUUGCCCCAAUGGGUCUACUGCUCCCAUAUUAACUCCACUGUUAGGGAUGAGUAGCAAAGAGACAUGUAACCCAAAGGGGCAAAGCAGCAUAAGGCCAAAUGUCAAAUUACAAAAUCUCACAAUGCAAAAUGUUUUAAUGACUUGCACUCAUUAACUCACUUCUCUUUAUUAAUAAGAGUCAGGGAGAAAUAAUCCAGCUAUCAAGCAGCACCCAAUGGCCCAGCUGAACACCACUUAGAUAUUGUUGCAACAUGCCAAAGUGCAGAGCAGAUAUACAACAUGCAUUUGUACUAUAAAUAAUGCAGUUUUGCACACAAUGUAUAUUGUCUACUUUUUCUGUCAUAUGUUAUACACUGUAUUGUACUCUGUACAGAUCAGUUUUCUCAUAUUGAAAGUUGUUGUGUUUCCAAGGAGUAGGGGCAGUCAUUUCUGGCCAUACACAGGGGCUCUUUUAUCAACACUGGGCAAAUUUGCACAUGGGCAGUUACCUAUAGA